AACUUUAGGCUUAAUGGUGUGUAGUAUAGAUUAUGAGAUUAAGUCGUGCGAAUAGUCAACCGUAAACGAAAAAUGUUUCUAAAAACAGAAGUCCGCAGACUAUCGUUGGAUUUUCUUUUUUCCUUAUGUCGAUAGAUUAAAAAAAACUGCCAACAAACAAAUAAAACAAUAUUUUUUUACGAUAAGUUAAAGUAAAUGGUUUUCGUAUAACUGCAUUACCAGUUACAUUGCUUUGUGUACAGAGUCUUGUUAAAGUUUAUGUUGAAUUUAUUACAUCAAAAAAUGAAACGCGUCUUUUACAAAGUGUUGCCAUUAACUCCUGUCGUGAAACUACGAAAGUGUGCAAGUAUUCUGUUGACUUCAGUAUUUAUAACUUUUUUAAUUGUGAUGUCUAUGAACUGGAAUUCUGAACAAUAUCUGAGUCAGUACUUGAAGCAAAGAGCAAGAGAAAUAGUGUUGUCGACCUCGACCUUGAUUUUAGCGCGGGAAGUAAGAAAUAGUUCUGGAAAUCUUGUUCCAACAUUCAAACAGCAGCCAAAUGUUAUGGAUGAGAGCAUUUUGAAAAUGCCAAUAAAUUACGGAGUCGACCUUUAUGAUAAUGUCACAUUCCCAUAUUUUAAUGACGCUAUCAACUCAUCAGGUCCAGGAGAAGGCGGUGUCGCUGUAAAGAUACAAAAUAUCCCAGCACAAGACAAAGCUCAAUAUGAUGAGGGCUGGCAAAAGAACAGUUUUAAUGAAUACAUCAGUGAAAAGAUCUCAAUACACAGAAGUCUACCACAGUGUAUGUCUGAUGCAUGUAAACGAUUUAUCAACUCAUAUAAUGGAAGUAAAGAUGAAAUAGCUGUAGUAUUUGUGUUCAACAAUGAGGCCUGGACGACACUACUUCGGUCCGUGCAUAGCGUCCUAUCAAGAACACCAGAGAAAACUUUAAGAGAAAUAGUUUUGGUGGAUGACGGAUCCAAAUUAGAUGCAUUGAAAAAGCCACUGGAGAAAUAUUUUAGCAAAUUCCCGAAAGUCAAAAUUGUUCGCAGCCCCACGCAGCAAGGACUGAUCAAAGCUCGACUACUGGGCUUCGUCUCAUCCACCGCUCCCAUUGUUGUGUUUCUGGAUUCUCACACUGAAUGUUUUCCAGAUUGGUCAGAGUCUCUUGUGAUUAGAAUAACACAAAACAAAAGGGCUGUGGUGUUUCCACGAAUCCCAGGAAUUAAUGACGUAACCUUCAGGUUGUUGUGUGAGCCACAUACAUGGGCCUAUGGUAUCUUUCGAUAUUACAAUUUGAAUUUUGACUGGGGGGCAGUUCCGGAAAGAGAGAAGCUCAGGCGUAAAGAUGAAAGUGAUACGUUUAGAUCUCCAACGAUGCCAGGUGGACUGUUUGCAAUAUCGCGAGAUUUCUUUAACGAAAUAGGAACGUAUGACCCAGAGAUGGAGUUUUGGGGCGGAGAGAAUCUUGAGCUGUCUUUCAAGACGUGGAUGUGUGGGGGGACUCUGGAACAAGACCCCUGCUCCUUUAUCGGCCAUGUCUACAGAAAACGUAUGCCCAUAAAAGGGACAGUGGCACAAGUCUUCAGGAACACGAUACGCUUGGCUGAAGUCUGGAUGGACGACUAUAAAAAUUACUUUUAUGAAUAUAAAAACUAUACUCUAAAUAUGACUAUUGGAGAUAUUUCUGAAAGGAAAAAGUUGAGAGAAAACCUUAAAUGUAGAAGCUUUGAGUGGUUUCUGAGAAAUAUUUACACAGAACAUGAGUUCCCUCACAGUGUCUUCUUUGCUGGCACAAUCAAAGCUUUAACGAAGCCUGAAAUGUGCAUUGACAAUGGUGGCAAAGUCAUUCCCAUAAUGUACUCCUGUGCAAUCAGUGCUGAAUCUCAGUUUUGGUACUUCACUACGGAUGGCCAGAUUUUUCAACAAGCUGGCCACAUUUGUGCAGACAAUACGUCUGUAGUUUUGGAAAAGCCAAGUUGCAAGAAUUAUGGGAAAUGGCAGUAUAUUGCAGAGAGUAAAUUGAUCAAACACGAACCUUCAGGUUUGUGCCUGGCAUCUCAACAAAACUCGGAUCGAUUGAAGUUGGCAACUUGUGAUAGCUCCAAUGCUUGGCAGACGUGGGUUGGGCAAAAACGCAGAAGUGACCUCAGAUUUCCACAAUAGCUCAAAAUAAAUACAAAGUAACAAGGACUGAACAUUUCAUGUGUGUGUAUUUGGACUCAAUUUCUGUGUGCACUCUAAACUAAAUAUUUUUUGGUCCUUUCUAUUAAUCAGCACUUAAUUAUACUAAAUCAGAUAGAAUCCAUUCGGAGAUGAAAGGUCUAAACUCUAAUCUUAUAUUUGCUUCAAAGGGAUUAACUUAUUAAACGUUGAAAAAAAAAACAACAAAUAAUUGUGUAAAUUAUUAGAUCGCUGUGAUUUAUACGUUCGGAAUAGACAGCAUUCCAAUCACUUUCUGUAAUUUAUACGUA